CGGUGUGUGUUAGAGCUGCUCGGCUCAUGUCUGAGUCCCGUCACGUCUGUAUGUGUGUGAUUGAGUGUGUCGUCUGGUCUCGUGUGACAGAAACACACGCUGCAGAAAGAGGCCAGUGUGCUAAUCUGGCUUAGAGCGGCUUGAGCUGUAGCUGCAAACGCAAUCUGAGGUCCUCUAGGGAGGGACAGAGACACAGCGGCCGGCCGGGGAGGGUUGGGUUUCAGUCUUUAAUGUGUUUGCAGUGUAAGAUAACCUUGCCAUUAAGGACAACACACAGGGAGGAGACGGGAGUCUCGUUGCGUGAAGCAUCUUUUCGCUCUAUAGGCACAGAGUCGGGUUAAUGCUCACAGGUACUGGACGUAUAUCGAGCCUCUGGACUACUGACGGACGGUAAUGAGAUGAUUGCCGGAUUGAUCCGGGCAGAAUGAUAAGGCGUUCCGGAGAUGGGAGCCAAGCAGUCGGCGGUUGGCAGCGUUCCCUUGAGUCAUUCGCCCACUCUGAAGAACAUCCAAGAGGCCUAUACGGACGGCGAGGACCAGAGGGCACGCGAGCUAAUCCGGCUUUCCUGCGAGAAUAAUGGCGUAGGGGCACCGGAUGGGGUGCAGCUCCUGUGUUUGGCGGCUCAGAAUGGUGACAUAGAUGGCGUUCGGUUCUUGCUGCAGGAAGCACGAGUUGCGGUUCCACAGGAGCCCAGCGAAGCAAACCCUGCUGUCUUAGCAGCACAUCACGGACAUCAGCUGUUGGUCCGAGAGCUGCUGGACUCCAUACCACGCCCAUGUGUUCGUAAGGAUCUGCUGAACUGGAUGUUGUCUACAGCGUGUCAGCAGGGUCAUCUGGAAGUAGUGAAGCUGCUGGUUCAUACGUACAAUGCUGACGCUGAGGACUGCGCUGUUCAUUCAGGAGAGUUUGCAAUCAUCACUGGUUUGCCACUGUAUGCCGCUGCACAGGCAGGAAAUAAGGAGAUCGCGUGUUUUCUGCUGGACAAUGGAGCCGGUUUCUCCUCGUACACGCUGAUGGAUCACGCAGACUUCAGCAGACAACUUCUCAGACAGCGCCACCUGCAGGACAAAGACGCGCCUGCGGACAGGACGCUGCUGCAGGCUGUGCACGUUGACUGGUCCGGAAUGAAGCUGCCCUGGUUGGAUCUGGACUGGUUCAUGGAUGUGUCGUCUCGGAUCACAGUUCUGGAUCUGUCUCAUAACUGUCUGAGCUCGCUGCCGUCUGUGGUGCCCUGGGGUCUGAUUCACCUGCGCUCGCUCAAUCUGUCCCACAAUCAGCUGCGAGAGCUGCCCACCCCGACCUCAUCGCAGGAGAUCAUCUGCAGCCGAUUAUCAUAUGUGAAUGUCUGUGAGAAUGAGUUGGAGUGUCUUCCUCUCGGUCUGCUUCAUCUCGGCCAGUUAAAGAGGAUUUCUGCAGCCAGAAACAAACUCAUCAGCCUCUUCAACAUCCCUAAUGGCACUAACUGGAUCGGCCUCCGUAAGCUGCAGGAGCUGGACGUGUCCGAUAACAUCCUAACAGAGCUGCCGUCCUCCAUCCUGCACUGUCUGAAGACCCUCAGCUCUCUCAACAUCAGCAAAAACAAACUCAGCAGCUUCCCCGACCCCUGGGCCUGUCCUCUGAAAAUCUGCAAAGCUUCCAACAACCAGAUCGAGGUUCUUCCUGACACCAUCUCCAUCUUCUGGAAAACUCAUCUGAGGGAAGUGGACAUCUCCGAAAACGUCCUGAAGGAGCUGCCCUCAUACAUAUUUGAGCUGGAGGCCAUCGUCUCUCUGAAGUUCUGUGGGAACCAAAUCUCCACUUUGCCCGCUCCAAACAAAUGGAAAUGCUCUUGUCUGCGAACACUAGAUUUGUCCAGAAACCAGCUGGGGAAGACGGGAGAGCCGACCAGAACCAGGAAGCUGGCCUUCUUCACUACGUGGCACAGACGGGACCCAGAGCCAGUUUGUCCCAUUCAGUUUCCUGUAAUCUUGCGGGAUUCUCUGGAAGUUCUCUUCCUGAAUGACAACCAGCUGGAGUGUGUGCCGCCGUCAGUAUGUGCCCUCAAGAACCUCUCCGAACUCUAUCUGUCCAAUAAUCCAGGUAUCCAGGAACUUCCUAUUGAGCUCGGGCAGCUCUCCAACCUCUGGCAGCUGGACAUCGAAGACUUGAACAUCACCAACAUCCCAGCGGACGUCAGGAAAGAUGGUCCGGCUGCAGUUUUGGCAUAUCUGCGAGCGGAGCUGCGAGGAGCAGAGCCCUGCAGGCUGCUGAAACUGAUGGUGGUGGGUCCUCCACGGCAGGGGAAGAGCGCUCUGCUGGAGGGGCUUCAGACGGGAAAACCCUCAUCCUUCAUCAACACCGACCGCAGCAUCCACACAUCCAGCUGGGAUCUGGAGCGACCCGGAGGAGUGGUGAAAUCUGCUGUUGAUUCAGUGUCCUUCAAUGUUUGGGACAUUGGCGGUCCGGCCAGCAUGUCGACGGUAAACCAGUGUUUCUUCACGGAUAAGGCUCUGUAUAUGGUGAUCUGGAAUCUGGCUUUGGGAGAGGAAGCCGUGGCCAACCUGCAGUCCUGGCUGCUCAACAUCGAGGCUCGUGCUCCGAACUCUGCUGUGAUUGUCGUUGGGACGCAUCUGGACCUCAUAGACACUAAAUUUCGUACAGAGCGUGUCGCAACACUGAGGGCCUACAUCCUGGCACUUUGCAGAACCCCGUCGGGCGCACGGGCCAGCGGAUACCCCGACAUCACCUGGAAACACCUGCAUGAGGUGUCGUGUAAGACGCUGGAAGGCAUGGACGGGCUCAAGAGGCUGUUGUUUCAGGUCACUUGCUCCAUGAAGGACAUCAGCAACCCGGCUAGCUGUCACAAACUGGUGGGAAGACUGAUCCCCAAAAGUUACCUGAUCCUGCAGGAGGCCAUAAAAGCAGAACGUGUAAGGAGAGAUGAGACCGAUGAGGUUCAGUACCUGACAGACUCAGAACUGGAGCAGAUCAUCGAGCAGAGUCCUGCCAGCGAUAUCAAAGACUAUGAGGAUCUGCAGACGGCGAUCAGUUUCCUCAUCGAGACCGGCACCAUACUGCAUUUCUCCGAUACCAGUCACGGCCUGUGCAAACUCUACUUCCUGGACGCCGUGUGGCUGUCCGAGUGUUUGGAGCGUAUCAUCAACCUGAGAGGCUCGCGCUCGGUCGCCCGUAACGGGGUCAUCAAGGCCGAGGACCUGCGCAUGCUGCUGGUGGGCACCGGAUUCACCCAGCAAACAGAAGAACAGUACUUCCAGUUCCUGGCCAAGUUUGAGAUCGCUCUACCAGUCGCAAGCAACAGUUAUUUGUUGCCACACCUUUUGCCCCCCAAACCUGCCCUGGACAUCCACGGCUUUCGGCACCAGAGCAACAACGCCAUCCAGCGGCAUUUCAAGAUGAGCUUCGUUCCCGCGGGAUUCUGGGAGCGCUUUAUAGCCAGGAUGCUAAUUAGUUUAAACCAGAUGGACGUGCAGGCAUUUGAGACCAAAAAGCCCACGAAGAACCAGAGGAACCGAAGUACGGUGAUCUACAGCUUUGCAGGAAACCAGCAGCGCAAUCGCUGCAGCACCUUCCGCGUCCGUCGCAGUCAGACCAUCUACUGGAAAGAAGGGCUGCUAGUCACCUUUGACGGAGGAUAUCUGAGCGUAGAGUCGUCUGACCUGAACUGGAAGAAAAAGAAAAGCGGAGGCAUCAAGAUUAUCUGUCAGUCGGAGACAAGGGAUUUCUCAGCGAUGGCUUUCAUCACAGAUCACGUUAACGCUCUCAUAGACCAGUGGUUUCCUGCGUUGACGGGCAGCGAGAGCGACGGCUCUCGUCUCAUUGAGCAGUAUGCUCCCUGUCCGUACUGCAGCUCUGGAUCCCGACUGUCCGACCCGCUGCCUCUGUCUGGCUCUAAUAACAGCACCGUCCACUACUUCAACAUGGAGGACUGCGUCCUGGCAGCCGUGGAGAAGGAGCACAUCAGCUGCCCCAACCACUCCAAACAGCCCGUCCCACUACAGGAGCUGGUGCCCGAGCUCUUCAUGACCGACUUCCCUUCACGUUUGUUCCUGUUGAAGAGUGACCUGCAGUGGAGUGAAGAUGCAGCAGAUAUCCUGGGACAGGGUGGCAGCGGCACCAUCAUCUACAGAGCCAAAUACAGAGGCCAUCCGGUGGCCAUCAAACGCUUCCACUUCAAGAAAUGCAAACAGCAGUCGCUCAACAGCAGCACAGACACCAUGAUGAAGCACCUGCAGUCAAUGGACGCUGCCCGCAGCUUCUCUGAGUUUCGUCAGGAGUCCAGCAUGCUCCACUCCCUGCAGCACCCGUGUAUCGUGGCUCUGGUGGGCAUCAGCAUCCACCCGCUCUGCUUUGCCCUGCAGCUAGCGCCACUGGGCAGCCUCAACACCAUCCUGGAGGAGCGAGCCAAAGGUUCUCAGUAUGUGCCUCUGGGUCACAUGCUCACCUUCAAAGUUGCGUAUCAGAUCGUGACAGGCCUGGCGUAUCUGCACAAGAAGAACAUCAUCUUCUGUGACCUCAAGUCUGACAACAUCCUGGUUUGGUCUCUGGAGCUGGAGGAAUCCGUCAAUGUCAAGCUGUCCGACUACGGCAUCUCGCGCCAGUCCUUCCACGAGGGAGCGCUGGGGGUCGAGGGCACGCCCGGGUACCAGGCUCCCGAGAUCCGGCCCGGCAUCGUCUAUGAUGAGAAGGUGGACAUGUUCUCGUACGGCAUGGUCCUGUAUGAGCUGCUGUCCGGCCGCAGACCGUGCAUGGGUCAGCACCAGCUGCAGAUCGCCAAGAAACUGUCGAAAGGACUCAGACCGGCGCUGGGCAGCCCAGAGGAGGUGCAGUUUCACUGUCUGCAGGCGCUGAUGCAGGAGUGCUGGGACACCAAACCAGAAAAGCGUCCCCUGGCCGCUCCUCUCAUGAGACAAAUGCAGGACCCCAGUUUUGCUUGUCUCAGGUACCUGCUGCCCUGUCAGGAACACAGUCAGCUCUUCUUGUCUCCGCUGCAGGGCUACAACGCCGUCUUCUGGGAUGGAGACAAAGACAGCAGGAAUUACACAGUGGUGAACUUGGCUAAAGGGCAGGUGGAGGUGAAGCGGAUGUCGUGCCCAGGAACACGUCUGAGCUGCCAAAUGAAGAUGGAGAACAGCCUGUGGACGGCCACUGAGGAACAGGAAGUCUUUAUCUACAGCCUGAAAGAGAUGUGUCCCUUGAGUCACCCGCAAAAACUGCUCUCCUGUCCGGCUGUGGUAACCUGUCUCUUUUUACUGCCCGCCAGGAAAGAGUCUCUGCCGCAGGUGUUUGCUGGCAUGUCUGAUGGUCUCGUGGCGGUUUACUCUCUGAUAGACGACAUGCCCAUGGAGGGUGAGACUUACAUCUGCUCGCACACAAUCAACAAGCAUCUACUGAACAUGGAGGACUCGGACCCUCGGCAGCGUCCGUACGCCGUGCGCAGCAUCGUACCGGUGCGCACCGGAUCAGAGGUGUGGUACACCAACGGCCCCGGCGUGCUCGUUAUCGACAGCCUCGCGCUUCAGCCCCUCCGCCGCCUCGACCCGUAUCUCCCGCCAUCCUGCGUGGUGUCCAUGGUCUCGUCCGCCAGCUGCUGGGGUGACGAGGCCGUCUGGUGUCUGGACGAUCACACCAACACGCUCCUCAUGUAUCACGCCGCAAGCUACCAGAUCUGUGCUACGUACAACUGCAGUGACGCAAACCCGCUGCGGGACGUUUUCCUCGUGCAAAGGCCGGCCGGUGUCAUGACAUCCGUGACCCCUGAUGUUGACGUGGAUGAAGAGUCUCUUCCCGCUGACCUGGACCCACUGAAAGUAACAGUUACGCACAGCGAGGACGCAGGAACGCAGAUCUUGUGCCAGCAGGACUCGCUGGAUUACUGCUCCAUGACGUCCUCCGGCUUCAGCUCGGAGCAGCUGGAUCAGAUUGGCGUUUUUCCUCACAUCGAGCGCUCCAGUUCGGGACCCCUCAGCUCUCUGACCAGCUCUAGCAGCAUGCCUUUAUCCACGGAUUUCGAUGAGAUGGACAGACUGCUGGACGAGCAGCUUUCGCCUGAAUCAUUUCCAUCCAGGAGCGCAACUGAUCCAGAGUUAGCGACUCAAAGCCACACACCAACGCAGCUGCAGGCCUUGAACAUCAUUCCUGUCAGCAGCACCAUCUGGGUGCCCAGGCGAGGAGGAGACAUCAUGGUGAUGGAGGUGCAGCAGCAGGGGGACUCGCUUAGGGGCCGUGUGAUCGCCGUGCUGACGGCGCCCGGAGUGUCCGAGUACGGGACUCUGGCGGAGGCGGCGCUCGUCGCAAAGGACACCGUUGUGUGCGGCUUCCGUAAAGAAAACAUGGCCUGGUGCCUGGCUGUCUGGCGGAGCUGGGGAGGCCGCGAACUCGAGCUCUUCUACCAGGGAUACGAGGAGCUCGGCCGCUUGGAGAGCAGUCUGAGGAAAAGGAGGUAGCUGUGUAAACGCACGUGUGUGUGUGACGGAGAAUCGACGUACUGUGCGCUGCACACAGAUACAGGUGUUGAACGUGGUUACGGGACCAACGGGAGGGAAUGCACACACGUACACACACAUACAGACAUAUGGACUGUUGCUUUAGGAAAUAUAAUCCUGCUGGACUCGGCCGCAUACACAUUUCAUAUAUAAAUCUAUAUAAACACAAACUGAUUGAAUGCCACACGCGCUGGAUGCAUAAACAUAUAUAUUGAGCCCCAAGCGUUUGGACGUUUGCUGAUAUAUGAGUACAUUUACAUUCAUGUACCCAGAAUGCAUCAGAAUUCACAAAACGAAGAGGUUUUGCAUUGAUGAACUUUGUGUGUGUGUGUGAAUGCCAAGAAAGAGAUUUAUGAGGUGUGAUGCUGGUUAUCCGACUCGAUUAACUUCGUCUCGAGUUAACCAGCAAACUAGACGUGCCUUUGGAUGAAGGACGUGCUGUUUUAGAAGUGACACGCAAUAAGAUGAGAACCAAUGAAACGGCAGGACUUGUUAAGCCCCGCCCACUCCCUGAGGGCGUAAUAGAGUGGAACAGUCCCCGCCCACUUUUUCAGCAGCAUUAGCGUUCUAAGUAUUUUUCCCAUUCAUUUUUUCCACAGGGAUUUUAAAGUCUUCAAAGCUAAUAAUAAUAAUGAUAAUAAUAAUAAUGAUGAAAAUUUGUAGAAAUUCUGACAAUGCCUGAGAAUGUUAUAUAGUUUAGUGUAGUUUACAAAUCACAAAGAUUGUGUUGUAAUUAUAUAAAUAUGUAAUUUUAUAUUAAAUAUUAUAUAAAUCUGCAGUUUUCCACCAACAUAAUUUUAAUGUUUGUAAGCAAAGGAAAAAAAAAACAACCUUAACACUUUUUAAAAUGUUUACUUUUUUAUUAUAAAAAUGUACAAGUUUUAUUAUUAUUAUUAUUAUUAUUAUUAUUUUAUGAUGAAAUAUUUUACAGUUUAAUAGUAUUGUAGUGAUAUUUCUUUAUUUUUAAUUAAAUUAAAUAGAAUGGAAUUCCGAAAAGUCAGAACUGUGAAAUCUAAACUUUGAAUUUUAAGAAAGACGUCAGAAUUGCAAGAAAUAAACUCAGAAUUCUAAGGGUUCUAAAAGUAAAUUCUAAAGUAAACUUGAAAUUCUGAGGGAAAUUUUGAGAUGUGAACUUUUUUUCUGGAAUUUCAAGAUAAAGACUUGGAGUUCUGAGAAAGUCGUAAUUGCAAGAAAUAAACUUGGAGUUCUGAAUUAAAAAAAAAAAACUAAAUCUGAGAAAAAAAGAAUUGCCAGAUUUUUUCCUAAGAAAAAAAAGUCAGAAUUGCGAAAUGUAAAAAAAAUGAAUUACAAGAAAUAAACUCUGGAUUCUGAAUUAAAAAAAAAAAAAAAAAAAACUACCGAGAUGUAAACUUGAAAUUCUGAGGGAAAAAAGUCACAGUUUUGAGAUGAGAACUUGGAAUUCUAAAUUGCAAGAUAUAAACAUGGAGUUCUGAGAAAAAAUAAUUAGUUUAAAUGUAAUUUUUAAUUUGCUAUAUGCCAGUCUCUGCUGAAUCAUGGGUAAUCUAGUUUUCCGCUGUUAAACAUGAAUUAAACAUAAAUUAAAUUAAAAAGCAAAUUGAUAUAAUGCUUUAACAAAAUGAAUGGGAUUUUUACUUCUGUUGCACUCUUUAGGGCACGGGUUGAUUUUUACUGUGAAUCACAGCGGUUCUACACAGAGUGGCAUACUAGCAUACUUCAUACUUCCUGCAGUAGUAUGCUACAUUUGUCACAUGACCUCAUCACUCUGCAGGUUUAAUUCAGUGUGUGACAUCUGUCAGUCUUUGAAGAAGAUUUACAUUUGUUUAAAAUGUCUUAGCAUUUAGGUUUCUGAUUAAAUAAUGACUCAAGAUGAUAUUAAAAAUCAUGCUGGAAAUGAAAGAUCAAGUCAGAUGGAUUGCACUGUUAUGCUGCUCUUUUUGGCAAAUGCUGAAGGUUGUACUGUGUCUAGUACACAUGCGGAAGUAGUACGCUAGUAUGCCACGCUGUGAUGGGAAUCUGAAUCGUAAGGAAUCCAGAGGGGUUUGAUCUGAUUGUGUCGUGUUUUGAGAACACCAGCAUGCUGAUAUUUUGCUAUUGUAAAUAAUAUCACAGCAUUUCAUCUCUAUAGAAUGAAUGUUAUUUAUUAUAGACUGUUUAAAUCUCAUGCUGCAUGUGUAAAAAGUUGUUACUGAACUGUAAAUAUGCUGAACAGAACAUGAUAAAUAAAUCAACAGUUUUUUUAUUAAA